UGCGUGAGGAGUUCCGGGGAACAGGCGGCCUCCGCUCUCUGGUAUCCUGAGCUAGCGAGUUGAGUGCUGCUGUUGCGCGCUGGAGUCCCCGCGCCGCCGCCGAGAUCAUGGUGUUCUACUUUACCAGCAACAGCGUUAAUUCAUCUGCUUACACUAUUUACAUGGGAAAGGAUAAAUAUGAAAAUGAAGAUCUAAUAAAGCAUGGCUGGCCUGAAGAUAUUUGGUUUCAUGUGGACAAACUCUCUUCGGCUCAUGUAUACCUUCGAUUACAUAAGGGGGAGAAGAUAGAAGACAUUCCAAAGGAAGUCCUGAUGGACUGUGCCCAUCUUGUGAAGGCCAAUAGCAUUCAAGGCUGCAAGAUGAACAAUGUGAAUGUGGUAUAUACACCGUGGUCUAACCUGAAGAAAACCGCCGACAUGGACGUGGGACAGAUAGGCUUUCACAGGCAAAGGGAUGUGAAAAUCGUGACUGUGGAGAAGAAAGUGAAUGAGAUCUUGAACAGAUUAGAAAAGACCAAAAUGGAGCGGUUCCCAGACCUCGCCGCAGAGAAGGAAUGCAGAGACCGAGAAGAGAGGAAUGAGAAAAAAGCCCAAAUUCAGGAAAUGAAAAGGAGAGAGAAGGAAGAGAUGAAGAAGAAGCGGGAAAUGGACGAGCUUAGGAGCUAUUCAUCACUAAUGAAAGUUGAGAAUAUGUCUUCAAAUCAGGAUGGCAAUGAUUCAGAUGAAUUCAUGUGAAUGGAGGAAAGGACCUUUGAAAGAUGUGAAUUUCGGGACAGUUGCAGACGGUUUGAUUUCAUCUGUGUUUGGUGUUAUAAAAAAAAAAAACACAACUAAAAUUCUACCUUCAUUCUACACAAAUAUUACCAACGUUGGCGUCUUAAAAAAAAAAGUUUCCUUCUUUGCUGACGGAAAAGGAUCAGAUAUUUAUAAUAUAUUUGGACUUGAAAAACAGCAUAUAACUUUAGGAAAGUGAAAAUAUUUUUGCUGAAACCUGUCUUGGUACCUCAUGAAAGUUGGCUGCCCUCGUUCUCAGGAUAGACUUUAGAACAAACCAGCCCUGAGAAGUAUUUGUUACUCUGGUGUGUCCCUGAAAACAGAUGUCUUGAAAAGCUUUUUCAUAUUCUUAAAAUAGCUUCACUUCUGUUAAGAAGAAUGGAUCGGUGAGCAGUAUAUGCAAGUGUUGCCCUUGGCCCUGAAGGGGCCUAGAACAAAAAAGCUUGUGCGUUUCGAAGGUGAUAGUGACAUUUUCAGAAGACUGGUGGCUUCAGUACUCCUGUCCCAAUGUCGUGUGAGUGUGUUAGCAGCGUUGUCCUCAGCUCUCCCCUCAUCCUGGCUUCUACCUUCCGCAUACUUUCUCUGAGCGAGGGCCUCCCCCCAGUUACCAUCAUGCUUAGAGACGUAGUCUGUGUUAGUCAAGGUCAGGCAUGUGGCAGUGUUUACCUAAGCACUGAGUAACCCAGACCACAUACAUGACAACUUCCAGGCUCUGGAGUCAUUUCUCAGCGCUGAGGGGAGAAAUAGGACGGCAUGAUCUGAAUCAUUUUGAGGAUGUCAGGUUACCUGAUUUUUGUUUUGGGAUACAGCAGAAGGCAGAAGUCCUGUGUUGGGGUUAUGAUUUUAGAGACAGCGAAGCAUUUCAGGGGCCAGCUAAGUAAUUUGUUUAUUUACCUUGAGAUAAUAUUGACUUUGAGUUGUAUCCUCAGAGUUCAGAUUUCUCAGUGGUAGGCCCAGUAACUUAAUAUGUAACAGGACUGCUCAUCUGAACCACCUACUCUCCAGUGGGAUUCUGAAUAGAAGGUGUGUUUUUGUUGCUGUCCUGGUAGGAAGAGACAAAACAAAACAGUGAGAGGGGAGGAGAACAAAGCCUAUGGGUCAGGAGGCAUACAAAUUCACAUUUUAACCACACCCAGAACUCCACAUGCAGCUUUUUUCUUGUUAAUUGUAUUCCAAC